UGUGAAGUACCACGUACAAUCAUUGGCAUGAAAACCAAAUAAACUAAGCGCGUGGUGCGUAAAGCGGACUGGCUCACCGCGUUCCCACAGGUCGUGUUCCAGCUUUGGAUUGGGUGGGCAGUCUGACGUGUGUGUCACGGAUCUGCUCAUAUGCCGCAGGAUCCCCCUGAACCCUCAGGCCCGGAUAGGAGACCGCUGGGAGCUCACAUGCUGGCAUGAGGAUGAUGAAGCCUUUUCUCUGGAGCCUCCUGUUCAGCGCCGCGCUGCUGCUGUCCGACGUGGUCCAGGCCACCUACAACGUCCGGCCGGGAGAUGCCCAGCUGAUGGCCGCCCAGAGUUACGCUCAGAUCAGACAUAACGGCCGGCCACCGCUCAGGACCUUGAAUCCAGCCAAUCACAGAAGUGAUUACACGUAUAGAGGAAGGUAUCACUACCACUACCAGCCACCAAGGAUCCCUCCACCGGUAGUGUAUCGGCCCAAUCCUCUAUCUCCACCUGUGACUUACCACAGACCCCAGGUCCCUAUUCCGCACUACCAGCAUGGGUUCAGUGGGCCAGUGGUACCAAAUCCUCACAUGCAUCACAUCUACAAAGGUCUAUCUCCACCCGUUGUUCACCCCCAGCCCCAUCACAGGGUCAAGGGUCCAUUCCAUUACAAACAAAAAGGCCCGUGCCCACAAAAGUCCAACCCAACAGUGGCAGCGACACCUGUAGUACUCCCCCCUCCUACCGUCCCUCCCACCCCGUCAGAGCCAACAAUGCAGCCAACCCCGCCGGCAACCACGGUGGCACUGGUGACAAAAGCCAUGACCACUGUGCCGCCAGUGGAGACCACCGCUCAAUGGACGCUACCGGUCAGUACCCAAAGCGGCUUCAUCACCACCGUCAGUCCUGUGGAGACAGAGACAGACUCUGAAUGCAGGAGCCGUCCCCUGGACCUGGUCUUCAUCAUUGACAGCUCUCGCAGCGUGCGGCCCGCUGAGUUCGAGAAGGUCAGAAUAUUCCUGGCCGACAUGGUCGACACCCUCGAGGUGGGCUCAGACGCCACCCGGGUGGCCGUCGUCAACUACGCCAGCACCGUGAAGAUCGAGUUCCUGCUCAAAGACCAUUUCAACAAACUGGACCUGAAGAAGGCCAUCUCCCGCAUCGAGCCCCUGGCAGCCGGCACCAUGACGGGCCUCGCCAUCAAGACCGCGGUGACCGAGGCCUUCACCGAGCAGUCGGGGGCCCGGCCUCGCUCCAGGAACAUCUCCAAGGUGGCCAUCAUCGUGACCGACGGGAGACCUCAAGACCAGGUGGAGGAGGUGUCUGCUGCGGCCCGGGCCUCGGGCAUCGAGAUCUACGCCGUCGGGGUGGACCGCGCAGACAUGCGCUCGCUGCAGCUGAUGGCCAGCAUUCCGCUGGACGAUCACGUCUUCUAUGUAGAGACCUACGGCGUUAUCGAGAAGCUCACCUCCAAGUUCAGGGAGACCCUGUGCGGUGUGGACCCCUGUGCCAUGGGACAUGACUGCGAACACAUUUGCGUCAACAGCAACGCCUCCUAUUACUGCCAGUGCCGGAAUGGUUAUAUCUUGAAUGCGGACAAGAAAACAUGUUCCCUGAAACAGGUGAAGGUGGAGGUGGUGGAGGAUCCCUGUAAAUGUGAGGCCAGGCUGGCUUUCCAGAAGCAGACGCAGGCGGCCAGCGCCUGGAGAGUGUGCUGGGCCGUGCUUAAAGCUUCACACGCCGAGGCGGAAGACUUCCACGGACUACUGCAUCAUGGGCAUGUGCUUAUUGUCGUCCGCACCCCCCCCAUCCCCCUCCACAUCCACAUCCUCUGUAAAGGGUUCUUCCACAAAGUCAGGCUGUGA